AUGACGGGGAAAAUGACCCUAUAUAAAUUGGUGGUGCUGGGAGAUGGUGGUGUUGGGAAAACGGCUUUGACUAUCCAGUUAUGUCUGAACCAUUUCGUCGAAACCUACGACCCUACCAUUGAGGACUCUUAUCGGAAACAAGUAAUGAUUGAUCAACAGGCUUGCAUGCUUGAAGUUCUCGAUACUGCCGGACAGGAAGAAUAUACUGCCCUGCGCGACCAGUGGAUCCGAGAUGGUGAAGGGUUUAUCCUUGUCUACAGCAUCACUUCGAGAAAUUCUUUCAGCAGAAUCCAAAAGUUCUAUUCCCAGGUGCAGCGAGUCAAGGAGUCAGGCCAUCCGCAUUCACCCACUGGCGCGAAUUACCUCCAAUCUCAAAUGCCCGGACAAUCCACGUCAUACAAUGGUCCUCCCAUCAUUAUGUUGGUUGGGAAUAAGAGCGAUCAGCAUCAUGAACGUGAGGUUCCUUUCCAAGAAGGCCAAGCACUGGCCAAAGAUCUAGGCUGCGAGUUCGUUGAGGCAUCGGCAAAAAAUUGUAUCAAUGUCGAAAAAGCCUUCUAUGAUGUCGUGAGGCAGUUGAGGAGACAGCGUCAAUCACCUAUGAAACCAAUUGAUCGGAAAGCCACAAAUUAUCUGUCACAACCCACUCCACGAAACAACUUUGAUUCUGAUCAUCAACGGAUAUACCGCGAUCACAACAAAAAACGCGGAUCCAAAUGCGUUAUUCUAUGA